GUUGUAAUACAAAUGUUACUAAUUAAUUAAUUAAAAUAUAUUAAAUGGAUUAAAAAAUAUAAAUGUCCUAAAUUUAAAGUGCAUCAUAAGUUUCAUAGACAUUUAUCAGCAAUGGAUUCCAACAAUGAAUCGAAACUCCAGCGUUAUUCUAUAUGCUGUACAGACAUACCAGAGGCAUUACUUAAUAAGGGGGUAGCAAAGCAACAUUUUGCACAAUUUGGCAAAAUUGCUACAAUGUAUGUUAGACCACAGCAAAUGAGUUGCACAAUUGAUUACGUUGAAAGAGAUAGUGCUGAAGAUGCAAUAGAGUAUGGAGGAGAGUAUGAUGGAUUUUUAUUUGACAUAGAUUGGGCAUCAACAAAAAAUACACGAGCAAAAGUGGUUGAUCCAGAUUGGUUGCCUGACCCUGAAGUACAAGCAGAAUUAGAUGCCAUGCAAGCACUUGCACCAGCAGCUCCUAGAUUAAGCAGGCAACAGCCUAUGAUUAUUGAUCUCACUCAAGACGUUGUUAAAAAGCCUGCUAAAAAUCAACUAUCAAAACCAAAAAAAGUCAAGCCACAAAAAACUAUUGAUGUUGAUACUAAACCGAUAUCAAUCAAGUCAGCUAAUAUAGAUAACCUUAAAGAUAUUUUAACUUCGCCAGCAAUAACUAUUGAACAAAAAUAUAGGGCACUAGAUGCCCGAGAUCAACUUAUUAGAUUACAAGAUUCAAAUGAGGCUUCUGUUAAAUCAGAUCAUAUUAAAGGAACCUGCCCUGACAUGUGUCCUGAAAAAGAACGUCUGAUGCGUGAAUAUCAACAUCAAAUUGCACAAUAUGAGCAAAGUUUACAUGAUUCACGUGUAAUGGAUCAUUACGCAGCAGUUAAACAAUAUUCAAGAAGCUCAGCUGAUCAAGAAAUUCCUCUGCCUCAUGAUUUAAGGCCUGUUCCAGUAUUAGAAAGAACUAUGUCUUAUCUUUUGCUGAAGAUUGCUGAUAUUAGUGAGGAACAAAAUGUGAACUUGAACGAUUGGUAUCAUUUCUUCUGGGAUAGAACAAGAAGUAUUCGAAAAGAUUUAACCCAACAAGGUUUAUGUUGUACAGGCUCUGUAAAAUUAGUUGAGCAAUGCGCGCGUUUUCAUAUUCACUGUGCAGCUCGACUUGCAAGUGAAGACGUUUCAGUAUUUGAUCAAAGAAUAAACACUGAAAAUCUUACCAAAUGCCUGCAGUCCCUAAAAUAUAUGUAUCACGACCUUGGCAAGAGAGGAGAAAUUUGUGAGAAUGAAGCCGAGUUUCGAGCUUAUAUAAUAUUAUUAAAUUUAAACAAUUGCAAUUUUAUGUGGGAAGUACAAAGAUGGAGCCCUGCAAUACAACAGUCGCCACAGGUUCAAUUUGCCAUCAAAGUGUUUUUGGCAGUGGACAGUAAUAAUUAUGUGAAAUUUUUCAAACUAGUUCGUGAAACAACCUAUCUUAAUGCUUGCGUAUUACUAAGAUAUUUUAAUCAAGUGCGAGCAAAAGCUAUCACAAUCAUUGUGAAAUCAUUUGUAGCUAGAAUUCCUACUACAUUUUCUUUAACAGAUAUGACAAACAUUCUAGCAUUUGAGGACAUUGAACAAUGCAUACACUUUGUAGAAAAUUAUGGAUUAUCUUGCAAUAUUACAGAAGACAUCAUAUAUUUAGAUAAACAAAUGUUUGCUGAGCCUGAGUUUUCUCUUCAAUCGAACAGGUGCUUAAAUAUUAUAGAAUCCAAGCGUUCGUGCACUGUUGGUGAAGCUAUUUAUGGAGGCCCAUUACCAGAAAUGGAUUUCUCAAGAUAUGUACCUCAUAAUAGCUUUGAUGAAGAAGGUUACUUAACUUCUGAAGCUUUAUCAGCUAGCGAUCAGACUUUAACAAAUGAUGAGGCAACCAUUUGUUCACCUAGCCCUACAUUUGAAAGUACCAUAUUUAAGAAAAUUAAUCCAGCGCCAGAUGUUGAAAAGCCUUCAUCUUCUGAUAGUAGUUUAGUUGAUAAAUCUAAUAAUAUUUUUGGUAUGAGCAGUUUUGCACAGCCUAAAACCAAUAACAAUGUCGAAUUAUCAACUAAUUUGCUUCAAAUUCCUAUUAACAAUAAUCUUUCAAAAACAAUAAUUACAUCUGCAAGUAAUUCAUCACAAUCUACUAACAUUUUCAAAACUGCUUCAACGACUUCAAGUAAUAUAUUUACUGAUACUUCAAAUCCAAAUAUUUUUGCAUCUUCUGGAACGAAUAUUUUUUCAAAACAACCUGAUAAUACACAGUCAAAUGUUUCUAAUACCAUCUUUAGUCAAACUGCUUCUAAUCAAAAUAAUCAUUCAUUGAAAAUAGAUGUGCCUGGGGAAAAAUCAGUAUUUGCAGGCUCUACUACUGGAUUAAGCAUAUCAAAUAGCCCCUUUUCUUUCGCAACAUCUUCUAACAAUAAUAAUGUAACUUCACAUACUAGUACACCACAAAACAAUACAAAUAAUAUUCAUAAUUUUACAUUCGGUUUAGUUAAGCAACCUGAAAUUCAGCCUGAAGCAAUAUUUUCCCAACAAAAGAAUUUGGAGCAACAAACAUCCAAAGAAACCGAAAACAAAUAUAUUGAUGUAAAGAACAAAAAAUUAAUUGACUUAAAUAAACUUGAAGAAGAAAAAGAAAAACAAAAGCAAAUUGCUGUUGAAAACUGUAUAAAAGAAGCUUCAAAGUUAUUUGAUGAAAUAUUAACUGAAGAGAUUUCACAAACAUGUAAAUCUCAAGCAUUAAAGGAGCUGCAAAGGUUCAAUAAAAUCUGUAAUAGUGCUAUAGAAUUGACUGAUCAGUUUAUUACAGAUAUUAUAAAGACAGUUUUACAUGAAGAGGUAUUGUUAGAAUUGAGGGUUCAUAGAAGUCUUCAAAGUUUACAAACUAAAAAUCAACAACGAAUUGCUAAAAAAUAUUUCAAUUUAUGGUUAGAAAAUGUAUUGAUUAGAAAGUUAAAACGAAAAGCGAUUGAAGAAACUCCAAUUUGGAUACCUGCACGAUCUGUGGAUGAAGAAGCAUCUUUAUUAUAUCGAGAAAAUCAGAAAUCCGCUCUCGAAAAUAUAUUGAAUUAUAAAAACUUUUCUGUUGAUAGUAUAUUUGUUGAACAUGAAACAGUUAAAAAAAUAAACCAAUUGCGCGAGCUCUGUGAAAACAUUAUCACUUCUAGUCAGAAUUUAAAACCGAAAAGCAAAGCAUAUUGGAAAGUGAUAAUAUCUAUUCCUGAUGAAAUAGAAGGAAGUUAUUGGUCAAAAUAUCUUGAUAAUUGGGUUGACCGCGCUUUUAGGGAGACAGAUGAUUCGAAAGAUAAAAAUCAGUUACAUUUGAAUGAGUAUUUUGAUAGAAAUUACGCUACUUCUGUAGCGAUUUCGUAUAGAAAAAAUAUUGGGUGUUGUAAUAAUAUUGAAGACCUGUUAGGAAUGAACAGUAUGAUAUUCUUCACUAUGAGUGAUAGCUUUUCCCAAACAAGAAUGAAAGAAAGACUCAUGAAGGUUCUGAAACAUCGUGAUAGGCCAACAUUUUCAUUUAUUAUUAUAUGUGUAAAAGCUAAGCAUGACGCAAAUUGUGAUGUCGAAGAAUUUGAUAGUUUUUUGCGUGAUAACGGUUUCAGUGAUCGAUAUUGUAUUUUAAUUAGUGAAGAUCAUAAAUUUAAUACCCUUCAUAGCUUGUCUACAGAAGCUUUGGAAUGGUUAUCAAAACUUCGCAUACCUGAUUCACAUUUACAAAUGGAUAGUUUCGAAUCAUUUAUCUACGAUUGUCUUGGGAGUGAACUUAUUCAAAAAUUGGCUUUUGCCUCUAGAAAUAACUAUGUAUUACGGAAACUAUUUUUAGAUCCUAAUUUCAUAAUACAGUUAUACAACAACGCUGUUGGAAAAUGUUUGGAAAUGAUAUCCGAUGAGUCCCUGCACGAAUAUAAGGAUUUUGCGCCGGAACUGAGGCGUUUUUUACCCGAACCAUUGAGUACGACAUUGACUUACGAAUAUUUUCCGGAAAACUGGAGGAAUGUAAAACAUCUAUGUAGGAUUAGAAGCGUAAUAAAAAACUUUGAAAUGCCUUAUUUUGAUGAUACCAGUUACAUACAAGACGCAACAGAAUUCAAUACAUUUUUGAUAAAACAUUGUGCAAAAAUAUUACCAGGUUCAGAGCAAGUUGAAGCUUUGGCAUCGAAAAUGUUCUGCGUUGCCUUCAAAAAUGUAAAUCAUUCACCAGAUUUUCAAACACAAAUGAAGAACAUGUGUUGGACUGAUAUAAUCGAUGUAUUAGUUCGAGACCUAGUCACUGAAAAAUUGAACAGAAUUUUAAGUAAAGAUCCUUCGUUAUUUAUUGUAUAUAACACUAAACUUUUUUUAAAUUAUUUGAAUGAGCCUUGGUGGUUGAAAUGCAAGCAAUUUAUUCUACAAAACAGAGCUGAUCAAGAGAAGUUCGAAGUUAUUGAAAAAGAUUACGAGUAUGACAAUAAACGGAAAAAACUAAAUUCACAUAUUUCAACAAUUGACGAAAUCGGUGAUAGCAUUUCAAGAGCUUUGAAAACAUUAGACAGAUUUGAUAGAGUAUUUGAUAAAUCUAGACGAACUGCCAAAAAAGAAUUAAUAAAUAAAUAUGAAAGAUUAAAUUUAACACUUCAAGAACAAGAAAGCAAGAUACGAGCUUUAAAUAAUUAUUUAGACACAAAUGCAAAAAAAUUUCUUAAUGACUUUAGCUAG